GCAAGCGGAGGCGAGAUGGCGACGGGAGGCGAGGCCGACGAGCCGGCGGCGCCGGAGGGGGAGGGGGAGGGGGAGAGGGACUGGGCGGAUCUGACGCCGGUGUGCCUGGCGGAGGCGUUCUCGCGGCUGGGCCCGGAGGACCUGUGGCGCGGCGCCAUGCCGUGCUGCCGCGCCUGGCGGGCGGCCGCGCGCUCCCGGCCGGCGCUCUUCGCCGCGCUCGACCUCGAACCGGCCUUCGAGGCCGUCGGCGCCGACGCCGCCGAGUGGUGGACGCCCGCCUUCCAGCGCCGCGUCGACGCCAUGCUCCGCUCCGCCGCCUCGCUCGCCGCCGGGGAGCUCCGCGUGGUCCGGGUCCGGCACUGCUCCGGCGACGCCCUCGCAUCCGCCGCCAAGAGCUCCCCACAGCUCAGCAUCCUUUCCAUCCAAAGCAGCCCGAGCGUAACUGACCGAUCAAUGCUCACUGUUGCAUCCUGCUGUCCUAUCCUCACAGAAUUGGACAUCAGCUACUGCUACGAGGUUUCAUACAAGUCACUCGAAGUGAUUGGGCAGAGCUGCCCUAACCUCGUGGUCCUUAAGAGGAGCAUAUUCAACUGGCUUGAUUCAUCAGAGCAUGUUCGAACAGUCCCAGCAGAGUAUCUAAGAGCAUGCCCCCAGGACGGCGACAGGGAAGCAAUAGCGAUCUCGAGGUCCAUGCCGAAGCUGAAACAACUCGUGCUCAAGUUCGCGAAGCUAUCUGGCGUCGGCCUCAACUCGAUCGCAGAAGGAUGCAAGGAGCUGGAGGUUCUGGACCUGUUUGGCUGCGCGAAUUUGACGAGCAGGGGGAUAGAACAGGCUGCUGCUAACCUGAAGAACCUGGAGACGCUUGUGAAGCCCAACUUUUACAUACCAAGGUCGGCUUUCCACAUGGAGAGGUACGGGCACUGGCAGUUAUACGAUGAGAGGUUCCAGACAAAUGUAUUUCAGAUAUGAAAAGAAUGACCCUCGUGUUCUCAAGGGUCACCUCCGACUGAUGAUGGCUCGUAUGCUCGUUACUGUUAUAUACUGUAUGUGUAUGACAGGUAUGUUUGUUUGGAGAGCAGUAACAUUCUGUUCCAGCCAUCUUUCUGCACAAUAUAUAUACAUGGGAAAUGGUUUUGCUUCCAGUAUUUGUAAAUUUAUUUAUGUGCAAUUAUACGUUGUGGUUUA